AUGGCUGCAGAUAGUCUUUUAGUUGAAUAUCACACUGGUUCGUAUGGUGGACAAGUAAGAAUUAUUGUUCUUAUUGCCUGGGCAGUAAUCAACCAUUUUAGUAACUGGUUUGCUUCUAACCUCAGCAUAUUUUAUUUGCUCAAGUUAGUCAAUUUCUCCAGAUCAUUAUUUCUUCACCUAAGGAGGAGAAAGAGGAUAAAUUUAAUACAUGUGAUCUGUUUUCUGCUGUUAAUCUACUCCCUGUGUAAAUGUGUCAGGAAGAUGCAGCUCCAUGACACAGGGUCCCAAGAUCCCAGCACCAAGGUUCACAUGAAAACCUGGCAAACUGUGGUCUCCUUUCUCUUGUUAUUUGCCAGGUACUCUCUGUCUACAACCACCGUAGUUUGGAAUUCUAGUAAGCUGUUGCUGCACUGA